AAAAAAAAAAAAAGAAACAAAACGAAAAACCCCACCAUAUCCAAACCAACCAACCCUCUCCAGCAGAAGGACAGAAAACAACCACAUUUUUCGCACACACAAAAUUUAAUUUCUUUUUUUCAGUCUGAGUCUCUCUCUAGCUCUCUAAAAAUUCAAUUCAAAACACGAGUGUGGAAGCGAAAUUUUUCCUCUUAAAUGUCCUUCUAGAGGAAAACAGACACAAAAAAAAUCCAUCGCGUUUUGUUGUCCUGUUUGAAGGAAGAAACGAGAGACAACAAAGGGGCAAGUCGCGUCGAUUUUCAAACGAAACAAAUCGAAAAAAAAGGAAAAGAAAAAGAAUUUUCAAUUCGAUCCUAACUUAAAUCCAAUUAAAGUUCUUUUUCUUCUUUCAACUAAAUCUAACAGGCUACUAAAAAAAUACAUAUUUCAAGACUAUAAACAUGACGCUUCAGGAAAUCAUGGAUUAUACCUAUUUGACGAAGGAACAUCUCACCGGAUUCGAUAACUACAAGUACAGUGCAAGGGACACAUCACCUUUAAGUAUCUAUGUAAUGCACCCCUUUUGGGACUGGAUUGUUAAGUUUUUCCCUAGAUGGAUUGCGCCCAACUUGAUGACGUUUCUCGGCUUCCUAUGUACCUUUGCCAAUCUAAUUUUUCUCUCCUACUAUGACUGGAAUUUUUUUGCCAGUUCCGGUGAGCCCGGCUACACUCCAAUUCCUCAAUGGGUUUGGUUGUGUACGGCAAUAAAUAUAUUCCUUGCCUACACUUUGGAUGGCAUCGAUGGGAAGCAAGCGAGGCGAAUUGGUUUGGCUGGACCGUUGGGUGAACUGUUCGAUCAUGGACUGGAUUCGUAUACGGCAGUUCUUAUUCCAACUUGUUUGUAUAGUAUAUUUGGACGUUGUGAUGCUUCGAUUCCACCAAUUCGAAUGUAUUACAUUUGUAUGAUGGUUUUUUUGAAUUUCUACGUGUCGCAUUGGGAGAAGUAUAAUACUGGAGUGUUAUAUUUGCCGUGGGGCUAUGAUUUUAGUAUGUGGGGAUCGACAGCUAUGUACCUGAUUACCUGGUGGUAUGGUGUUGGAUUUUGGAAGAGAAAUCUUCCAUUUGGUUUACCUUUGGGUAUUGCUAUGGAAAUUCUGUUGCACGUGAGCGCAAUGGCUAAUAUGCCAAUGGUUGUUAUAAAUGUGUACAAUUCAUAUGUACAAAAAACUGGUAAAAUGCGUCCAUUUGCAGAGGCUAUUCGACCAUUAUAUCCAUUUGCUUCUUAUUUGGUAAUAUUACUUGUUUGGCCUUGGAUAUCACCAUCGAAUAUAGCUGAAACUGAUCCACGAGCUUUGUUUAUGUUGAGUGGAACAAUAUUUAGUAAUAUAAGUUGCCGACUUAUCGUUUCCCAAAUGUCCAAUACUCGCUGCGAAGCCUUCCAUUGGAUGACUCCUAUAUUCAUUAUUUUAAUUGCAUUCGCUCUUUGGAUACCAUUCUUCGAACGAUUCAUACUGUAUGUGUUGUUAAUUUAUACAACAUUAGCUCAUUGGCAUUAUGGAGCCAGUGUAGUCAAUCAAAUGUGUGAACAUUUUAAUCGUAUAUGUUUCAAAGUGACUCCUAAACAUCCCAAAAAGGAUAUUGAACCUCUUUUGAGAGCUGAUUAAAAUUUGCAAAAAGACGAGACAGAGACACAUCAGUGCAGUUAAAUUGAUAUCUAAUUUAUGUGACGAAAAUUCAAGCUGCUUCUUCUACAAUGAGUGUUCGAUAAGAUCGUCCAAAUCAGUCAUUUUUGUGUGUUUUUUUUUUCUUAAAAUAUUAAUUCACUUUCUAGAAAAUAGGAAAAUGCCUUGCUUUAUUAUAUAAAUAAACUAUAAAAAAAAAAUACCUACAUUAUAUAUAUAUUUUCCAAUGCAUUUAAACGAGAUUAAUUUAAUUUAAUUAUUGUUUAUAUUUUUAUUUAAUGAUUAUUAUGCAUUUCCUUUUCCCCUUUCGUAGUAGUUACUAUAUUUAUUCAAUUUAGAUUGCAUUUAUACAUAAUUUAAUAAAAAAAAUCAGUAAACUUCUAAUAAUAUAUUUUCGUUAAGUUAAAAUUGCAUACUCCAGAGUGUUCCUUAUAAAAAAGAUAAAACCAAACAAAAUAAAGAAAAAAGAGGAAAGAAGAAAAAAACAGACGCUAAACACUCUGCAUGUGAAUAUUGUAAAAUAAUAUUAAUACAAAAAAAAAUUAAAAGAAAAAAAAUCAAGAAAACUUCCAGGUAGAAAAUAUUAUACAACAAAUUUAUAUUAUAUUAUAUUAUUAUAACAUAAAAUCUAAUUCUACAUCAGGACAUGUAAAGAGUGUGUAUAACUUCGUAUGUGCUAUAUACUUUUUGUUUAUUAUUUUUUUUUUAUUUAAUUUCUUUUUUUAUUUAAUUUCAUGUUCAAAUAUAUAAUUAUAAUUGUCUAGUCGAUGUUGAUUUCAAGGGCAAUUUUAUAUGCUCACCUUAAACUAUACUAUGCUAAUAUUUUUUGUUUUGUCACACACAACAAAAAAAAAAAACUUGAGUUGAAUUGUUGUUAAUUUGUUGUUUUUGCAAAUCGAAUUUAGUUCUAAAAAAGUAUUAUUUUGUAACCUCAUAAGCUUAAAACACCAAUUUAACCAGAAGAAAAAUUAAUUAUCUAUUUACUUGUAAUUUAUGCAAACAACAAAAACAACAACAAGACCUUCGUGUUCUGUGUGUGUUUUUUUUCGUAUUCAAUCUGCAUGUUUUUUUUUUUGGUCUUAUUCUGUAUUUUUAAAUUCAUUGUUUUGAGUAACAGAAUAGGACUGAUUGUUUAUAAAAAAAAAAACCUACACACACCACACGAUGCGCGACAUAAGCCUGAAAUUUAUCCUAAAAGUAGGCAUAGAAAACAAAAUAUCAUGUUUAACAAAGAACAAUUAUAACAAACAAAAAAAAAAAAAAAAAAAAACAA